AUGGGGGCCAUCACUUCCGCGAAAUGCUUUGCCCGCCUCAUUUGGGUCAACAUCAAAUCAGUAUGCCAUGCGAUAAAGAAAGUCAUCUUGAUGUUGCUCCCAUUCUACGGCCUCACAGUGAUACUCGGCUUCUAUCAAGGUGUCAUAAUCGCCCUGUGGUAUUCCGAAACCAAACAACAAAACGCCCGAUUCCUCUUGAAAAAUGUCCUGGAGUACAAGAUCACAGAGUAUUUCGACGAGCCUUACGAUAAUUGGUCUAAUGUCGCACCUGUAUUUCAUGUACCACAAAUCAUCAACCCUCUCAAAUGGACAGAUCAAUUGGGACUCAAGCCACCUAAAGGUUCGGGCUACGGGGACGAGUACGAGUUGGCAGGUCUGGGCCACUUAUACCGAAGAACACGCCGUUCUUCGAAGGCACAGCUGUGGCAUCACUGGAUCUAUCUGUCGGCGCAGCAAGAACCUUGGAGACAGCCCGACGGUCCGAUCCUGCAUGACCCUUGGGACAGAGCAUUCGUGGAACUCUUGGAGUACAGGGACAAGCACGAUACUAUGGGACGAUCGAACUUCCUCUAUGUAUCAUGCCAAAAGAGUUUCCUCUGUGGAUCCUGGCGUGUUGCUGCUCCGGCACUGCUACACUUCACUACUGAGGGAAACCGAAGUCGAUUGACUGGUAACUCACCUGAUAUCCCGAAUUACACACGUGUCAACACGCGAGUGUUCGAACUGCCCCUACGCAAAAUAGCCAUACCAGGCGUCUUCCCAAGCCACUUUGAGCAGAUGAGAUCUCUUACAGCAAGCAACUCGACCUUCUGGCAGUCAAAAGGUACAUAUUCGCAUCUUGAUCAGGUUCUAGCCGAAACAGAACCAGUGGUGAGGGAUGCAAAAACAGCAUAUCCCUGGACCUAUGGCUUGCUGGUCAAGGCGGAAGGUAAAUGGACUCGCCUAUGGGGACUAGAAGAUACAGACUUGCGGGGAUAUAUCUUUUUACUUUCUUUUGCAUCAUCUGUAUUUCCAACAUACUUGUACAAGUUCGCUCCUACAAAUUGGGCUAGCCCGGGACCAGGACCUGAGCACAAGAGCAAAGAUCCACUAGCACGAACACUUCAGAGCUUAGUGGAUAUGCUGAGUGAGGAGGAAAGAGAGAGGUUUAGAAAGACAGAUCGCGGGGGAAGAAUAUUAGGGUUGGCAGAGGCGGGGCUGAAAAAAGAGCUGUGGAAUACCAGGGAAGAAGUUCUUAAGGAUGUUCGUAAUGCCUUGGGACUACAUAAAGAUAGGAAGGUCAAGGGCCGGUCAGGAAAGAAAUAG